CGGGCGGUCCCGGCAGGGCCCCGCCGCCCAGAGCCGCGCCGGGCCGGGCCGAACGGGGCCGGGCAGGGCCGCGCCGGGCCGGGCAGCGCCGUUCCGUUCCGUUCCGUUCCGGGCAGGGCAGGGCAGGGCAGGGCAGGGCCGCGCCGAGCCAACGGCGGCCGCCACCGUGCGAUGCGAUGACCACGUCCACCCUGCAGAAAGCCAUCGACCUGGUGACCAAGGCCACGGAGGAGGACAAGGCCAAGAACUACGAGGAGGCGCUGCGGCUGUACCAGCACGCCGUGGAGUACUUCCUGCACGCCAUCAAAUAUGAGGCGCAGAGCGACAAGGCCAAGGAGAGCAUCCGCGCCAAGUGCGUGCAGUACCUGGACCGCGCCGAGAAGCUGAAGGACUACCUGCGCAGCAAGGAGAGGCAGGGCAGGAAGCCCGUCAAGGAGGCCCAGAACGACAACAAGGGGAGCGACAGCGACAGCGAGGGCGAGAACCCGGAGAAGAAGAAGCUGCAGGAGCAGCUGAUGGGUGCCAUCAUGAUGGAGAAGCCCAACGUGCGGUGGAGUGACGUGGCUGGCCUGGAGGGAGCCAAGGAGGCCCUGAAGGAAGCCGUGAUCCUGCCCAUCAAGUUCCCACACCUGUUUACCGGGAAGCGCACGCCCUGGCGAGGGAUUCUGCUCUUCGGGCCCCCUGGCACUGGCAAGUCCUACCUGGCCAAGGCCGUGGCCACCGAAGCCAACAACUCCACCUUCUUCUCCGUGUCAUCCUCAGACCUGAUGUCAAAGUGGCUGGGAGAGAGCGAGAAGCUGGUGAAGAACCUCUUUGAGCUGGCGAGGCAGCACAAGCCCUCCAUCAUCUUCAUCGACGAGGUGGACUCGCUGUGCGGCUCCCGCAACGAGAACGAGAGCGAGGCGGCCCGGCGCAUCAAGACGGAGUUCCUGGUGCAGAUGCAGGGUGUGGGCAACAGCAGCGAUGGCAUCCUGGUGCUCGGCGCCACCAACAUCCCCUGGGUGCUGGACUCGGCCAUCAGGAGGAGGUUCGAGAAGCGCAUUUACAUCCCGCUGCCCGAGGAGGCGGCGCGCGCCCAGAUGUUCAAGCUGCACCUGGGCAACACGCCGCACUCGCUGACGGACGCCAACAUUCACGAGCUGGCCCGCAAGACCGAGGGCUACUCGGGGGCCGACAUCAGCAUCAUCGUGCGGGACGCCCUCAUGCAGCCCGUCCGCAAGGUGCAGUCGGCCAUGCACUUCAAGAAGGUCCGCGGUCCCUCCCGCACCAACCCCAACCUCAUCGUGGACGACCUCCUGACGCCGUGCUCGCCCGGGGACCCGGGGGCCAUCGAGAUGACCUGGAUGGAGGUGCCCAGCGACAAGCUGAUGGAGCCCAUCGUCUGCAUGUCGGACAUGCUGCGCUCCCUGGCCACCACCCGCCCCACGGUGAACGCCGAGGACCUCCUGAAGGUGAAGAAAUUCACAGAGGACUUUGGGCAGGAGGGAUAAGGGCCUCGGCAGCGGGUGGUGGGGCUGAGGCACCCGCGCCCCCCCCCCCACCCCCCCUCCCUGCGCCCCGGCAGGCGGCCGUGCCAAACAGGCUCACCCGCAGCUCACAGCUCAACCCCGCUCACUUCAGCACCCGGCGGGGCAGGGGAGCGCUGCCCGGGGGGGGGGCUGACACUACGGGGGGGGGGGCAGGGGGCCCCAGUGCAGCCGGGUGCUCCUCCUACUGCUCCCCUCUCUUCUUCCUGCUCUUUUUUAUUUUUUAAAUUAAUGCUGCUUCGGGUUCUGUCUUGUUUAUAUGAAAAUAAAAACAAUCCAAAAGCUUC